AUGGAAGAGCUGAAGAUGCUCGAAUUCAAGGACUUUCAAACAUACGUUGGAGAUCAAUACCGGGAUCUCUUUAGCGUUUAUAUCCUUGCUGAAAAGGCUCAAGAUCUGGCGACUAAAAACGCUAUGUUGGAAGCUGCACUGGCUACUAACAAGCUGAAAGGACGCGAGACAACUUGGAUAGUCCCAGCAUUUUACAUUGUCAAGGCCAUCUACAACGGCACACCUCCAGGUAGUCCUGCUAGACGUUUCGUCACCGACUUGUGCACUUCACGGUCUAUAGGUGAUAUCUCCAAGCACGUCGAACACCUUCCAAGAGAUUUCGUGCAGAACUUGGGCGAGUCAAUUAAUAAGGCCCGUCCAGGAUCGCUGGGAAACAUUGCCGUUCAGAAAGGCAUUGCUGCAUACCAGGAGAAGCCAAAGGAGGUAUAA